AUGGGAGAAACUCUACCUAUAAAAUUCCACCCAAGAUUUCGGAAACGAAAUGAUUCUGCUAUUCAAUCAGCAGCGACGCGUCUCUGCAACAGUCUUCCACUUGCUGCCCGAAUUUCUGAACAGAUUCUUGCUGUGCAUAGCGGAUUGUCACACGAGUUGACCAACUACGACUGCAUAGAGUCUGUCAAGCGACCGUUUUCUCUUGCGGAAAUAACACCACUGGCCAAACAACUGAUCUUUGGCCAACCCACUACUAAAAUAGAUAUGUAUCGCGAAAGUGAAGAAGAUAAUAUCUCUGUUUUUGGAGUCGGUGCUAUCAACAGAAUAUGCCGCGAUGUAGGGGUGAAGCUGAUCAUCCGUUCUCGUAAUCCUCUUGAAAAUGGAAUAUGCUGGAUUGGAAAGAAACAAAAAAUGAUUAGCAUCUGGAGCGCACCCGCCAAAGAAUCGCACAAGGGAGCCAUUCUCAGUAUCUGCGCUGGUUUUGUCAUUAAUGUGUUCACUUUGGAGAAGCAGAAAAGCAAUAAGUGAUAUGCAAGAUAGGAUGAAGUUACAAUAAACAACGGCCC